GGCAAUGAACCGAGAAAAUCAAUUCAUUCCUAAAUUUUUCCCAAAAUCAUAAUUGCCAUCAAGCAACUCCCUCAACAAUCCGGCCCCAAAAAUCUGAUUCUCCCACGUGACGAAAUUUGAUUCAUCGACUUGGCUCCCUCUGAUGACUACAAUCUAGCCCCAAAAUCUAUUUUACCCAUGUGACUCCCUCCGAGGACAAUCCGAGUAGCAUUCAACAAAAAAUCCAACUACUUCACCAAAGCCCGACUUUAUCCAUCUCCGAAUCAACAAAGAAUCAAGGAAAUCUAUGUACCUAUCAAGAUGGCAGACAAAGGUAAUCUCUUUCUUGUUUAUAAUGUAUACUUGAUGCGUCCCUGCAUUUUGCAACAAGUAAAUACGUAGAAAGGUUCUAGAUAUGGGAAAGCUGUUUCGAUUACCUGAGCAACAUGUGACAUUGCAAACAAUUAUAUGGUUGUAAUGAUGUUUUUCAAUAUGUUAGGGUGUGAUGUUUUGUUCUCUAUGAAGUGGAUUUUUUCAUGCUUAUAUCACUUGAAGGUUGUUGUUAAUCAAAAGUUGAAAUGAAAUUUAUGGUAAAAUAGAUGAUAUUAAGUUUAAUUUUAUUUCAUUAUGAACUGAAUUGUUCUAUUAGUUAUUGUUGUGUAAUACCUUUUUUGUUGCAAAAUUGUCAUAAGAAAAGAGCUUAUGGAAGAUGAGAAUCAUGCUUUGUUCAUGGAGUGAUAGGGAGAACGUUACGGAUGAUGUGAUCAUAGUAGAAAAUGAAAAAUUAUGAAGAGAUGUUUCGACUGUACCCAAGGUGGGUAUGAUGUUUAAUGGUUUAAAAGAGAUGUUGGACUUCUAUAAAAGAUAUGCAUAUAGCGUAGGUUUUCCAAUUAGGAAAAGGAAUUCAAAGAAGGGGGAUGAUGGAGCUCUGUAGUAUGUGACAUUGACAUGCGUCCGUGAAGGCUGAAGAAGUUAUGCUAUAAGUGGUUCGUUGAAAUUGCAACCAACAAGUCAAACAGAUUGUAAAGCAAGGAUAUCUGCAUCUUUGGAUAAUCUUGGAGUAUGGAAAAUUAAUAAAGUGUUCCUUGACAUCAAUCAUAAAAUAAUUCCUUCAAAGUUUAGGUUAUUUCAAUGCAAUUGAGAAUUAAGUAUAAGUAUAAAACGAAAUCUUGAAGUAAAUGAUAUAGCAAGAAUUUCGUUGCGCAAGAGUUAUAACUCCACAAUGGUAUAAGCGGGGGAAUAUGAAAAUAUGACAUGCAUGGAGAAGGAUUGUCGGAACUAUAUUGAAUAAAUGAGACGAUUACGUCUUGGAGAAGGAGAUGUUGUUGCAAUACAAUCCUAAUUUUCAGAUAUGCAAGCACGGUAUUCGGGAUUUUACUUCAGCAUAGAUGUAGACGAAGGGCCACGACUUAAGAACGUCUUUUGGACAGAUAAUAGGUGUAGGCAAUUGUAUAAAGAGUCUGCCGAUGUUGUCACAUUUGAUACUACGUAUCUCACUAAUAAGUACAACAUGUCUUUCACACUCUUUAUUGGCGUGAAUCAUCAUGGACGGUCAACACUACUUGGAUGUGGGUUGUCAUCAAACUAGGACAUAGAUACUUUUUUGUAGUUUUUCAGGACAUGGCUUGAGUGCAUAAAUGGUCAAGCUCCCCAGGGCAUAAUUAUUGAUCAAGACAGGGCUAUGCAAAAUACAAUUAAAAUCGUUUUUCCAAAUACAAGGCAUAGGUGCACUGUGGCACAUUUUGAAUAAAAUUGUAGAAGUUUGGAUAUCACGUUAAGAAGGGUUUGAUAUUCUCUACUAUACAAGGACCGGUGUAUGAUUCACAGAUUGUUGACAAAUUCGAACAAGGUUGGAGAGUUAUGCUUGAUACAUUUGAUUUCUGGGAUAAUGUUUGGUUGUCGGGAUUGUAUGAGAAUAGAACUUGUUGGUUCCUUACUUCUUGAAAACCUCUGGGUAAGUAUGUCUACAACACAAUGAAGUGAGAGCAUUAAUGCGCUCUUCGAUGGAUAUGUGCAUUCGAAAACCUCGUUCAGACAAUUUGUUGAACAGUAUGAAAGGACACUGAGAAAUAAGGUUGAGAAGGAGUUUCAGGCUGAUUUCAAAUCAUACGCUCACUGUUUCAAAGUUCAAGAUGAGUUCAUAGGGAAGGUUUAUUGUGACAUCAUAUCUGUUUUAGAGGAAAGUUUUAGGACGACGCAUGAGAAAAAACUGUAUUUUCUGUCUCAUUUCGAAGGGAAACAUGUGAAUUACUUGAAAUUGAAUUCUGUGCAGGCAUGAGAUCGUAGUCUUCAUCCUAAUGACACCACUUUAAGAUCUGAGAGGUACAUACUAUGGAGAUGGCAGAGAAAUAUCAGUAGAACACAUGCGAGGGUUGUUGUGCUAUGACAGGCUGGUUAGUACUCUUGGGCAAUUGAGAUACAAUGAUAUGUGUUGUGCUUUUUCAGAGGUGAUAGAUCUUGCUGCAGUUGAUGAAGGUUGAACCCAUUUAAUAAUGGAUUGGAUAAAUUUGAAAGCUAAAGAAUUGAGGGUGACGAAGUAUACACUUGAAAGCAAUUUGCUUUUACAUCAUCCUAUUCCAUUGUCUUCUCAAUCGAACGCUUCGCAAAAUAGUGGCAUCGUCAGUGUACUAGAUCCAACAACGUCAAAAAGAAAGGGUGCUCCAAGGAAACUUAGGAGGAAAAGCCCACUAGAGUUGAAAUCGAACAAAGUAAAGGCAACCUCAAAUGCAAGUAAAGGAAAAAGACUAAAAGCAAGGGCUACCAAUAUAGAAGUUGUUGCAUCAAUUGUCCAAACAGCUCAACGUCCACAAAGUUCAACGCCGACCAUUAUCAUAUUCACAGCUUCUCUUGGGGAUGGUGAUAGUUGUGACGUUUCGCAGUAUAUCCUGCAUUCCACUUUCAUCUAUCUAUCACCAACAAAUUUCAUUCUCAAUGGUCAACGUGAAGUCAUGUCAGCACACAUCAUAUUCUACGUUCCGCUUACACAACAGAUGCUUUAUUAUAGUCAACAUUUACGUGAUGAAGUGGCGCGGGAUAGUGAUUGUUGAUGGCCAUUUGCUUCAUUGUUCAUCCGUUGGAAGCUCCUUCUUUUUUUUUUUCUUUUUGCGUUUGUCUAGACGCUAAAACGGAUGCAUUUAGUAUAAACUGAAAUGGAUGCACGUUGUAUAAAUUUCGUACUCUAUUUUUUUGGGAUA